AUGCCGGCUGCCACCCCAGGAAGCAGACACUCGACGGCUCCUACGUUCGCUUCUCCUGCUUUUGUCGCACCCAAUAGUGUAUCCCAAGAUCCCCUUUGCGCACCAUUGACUCUCCUCUUCCGCUCCCCGCUUUUAUCUACUCCACCGCUCGAGCAUGUCGUCCUCUACACACCAGCCUCACGCCUCCCGUCCCCCAACCACCGCGCCUCAGGGAGACAACGGGGGCAGUGCAGGGGGAGGCAGUCUCGACGCGAAUCUUGGAGAUGCAGGGGCUUCUGGUGUUCAUUCCCACCACCACGUGACUGUGAAACAGACCACUGCGGCUACCAUCCGGCAAAGUGCCAGGGAGGCAGCGCUGCUCAGCUUGCGGAGGAGCCACAGGGAGCGCGCGCUCGCCCUCAAGCGGAUCGAGCAAGUCCUCCCCGGAGAUGUGCCUCCCCAGCCGCAACCGCUGAGGCACCUCAUGUCGAAGCUGUAUUGCCAGCUCUUGCUACAACAACAGCAGCAGCAGAAAAAAAUCCAAUAGAUGUCACUUAUCUGCCAGAAGCAAAAACAGCCGUCGCCGCAGCAGCGGCGGCAGCACCAGGAGGUACUACACGGGAGGUGGUCGACCCUGAAGUGGUCUUCCUACUUGCAUUGCAACAAAAUUCUGAGCUCUCCCUAGGAGCCUCAUCAGCUGCACUGCGGCUGCUGCGUGAGGCGGAGCAGCAAUUCAGUGCUGCGUACGGCUCUAACCAGGAGCGCUCUCAGCCGGCGCAGGAGGAAGCGCUGAGAGCUUCACGCCUUGCGGCUGCGGCUGCCCAACUGUGCCGCAGUCUGCAGGCGCACAUUCCGAGCGUCCCCUUGCCAGCAGUGCCAGAAGCAGCGGCAGCAGCAUCUCCUCCACCAUUACCAAACGUCGGCUUGCUGACGGCGCAAAUCGCUGCUCUCGAAGCCAUGCUGCAAGUUGAACUGCACCACCAGAAGGCGCUGCUGCUGCUGAGCUCUGCAGACGAGCGGCGUGCCGCUAUUUCAGAGGUCCUCUGGUGUGUCGCUGCACUUGUGACAGUUCUGCCACACUUCUUUCAGCCAAAUCAGCAGCAGCAACAGCCCGGAGGGUAUCGCAGCGCCGCUGCUGCCGCCGUUGCUGAGGCAUGCCCCCGCUUAGGACAGACGCUGUUGCAGAUUGCAGAUCUCGCGCUGCAAGGGGGAGAUAGAGUGAAGCAGCAACAACAGCUGCAAGAGCAGCAACAGCAACAGCUGCAAGAGCAGCAACAAGGUGCAGACACGUACAUGCGAAAACGCCUCGACACAACAGGCGCAGACGGCCUCAUGCCGACUCUCCAGGCUCUCGCUAUUUUGUGCGAUGCUCGCCGUGUUGGCACUCAAUGGGCAGAGAUGCUGACGCAGCCGCUUCAAGGCAGUCCAUCUCCGGAAGCUUUCAAGAACUGCGCAUUGAUAGCUCUCCUAGAGCAGCUCGUCAGCAGAGAUGAUCAUCGGGGUGUGCUGCAGGCUGCACUCUCCGUCGCCUGUAACCUUGCUGCAGGGCCCCCUCAAACGGAGGACGCGGCUGUGGUGUUGCUGCCUCAAGCAGCUGCAAUCUUGAGCAGCGGCAACACCUACGAUAUCGUUCGAGAAGCUGCGGAGAUGGUGCUACACUUGGCAUUCAACAACGGCUGCCGCCACUUGCAGAGCGUUGUAGCAGCGACUCCGGCCGUGUUGCCCUCCUACCUGGAUAUCCUUGAUCGAUGCAAAGUAAAUCACGAUCUGCCUACCGCCAUCAUUGCAUUGGACUACAUCUCCGCGAUCCUCGAGAGAGAGCCUUCGGCUCGUCAGGAAAUUUACGCCCUUGACGGAAUCGCCAAAAUGGAAAGUGUGCAAUUUCUGAGCAAUGAGGCCCUCGACAGAAAGGUUUCUUGGAUAAUUUCAACAUAUUUUGAUGGAUUUAGUGAUGAAGAAGAGGAGCAGUCACCAGCAUCCUUUAAUACCUUCACGGCAUCCGCUUAA